GACUACGUCCUUCCUAGUUGUGGUAUUAUUGCUUCAGCACCUCGACUAGGCAGCAGAUCCCAGUCUGUUAGCAGCACUGAUAUUAGUAUUCAUGUUCCUUCAGAGGUUACUGUUGCUCAUGGAAGUGGGCUUGGAAAAGGCCGUGAGUCUCCUUUGAAGAAAAGUCCUUCUGCUGACAGCAUACACACACUGACUGGCUUUGCCAAGCCUGUGGAUAUUUACUGCCACAGAUUUGUACAAGAUGCACAAAACAAAAUGACCCAGCUAACAGAAACUAGGCCUGCUCCUCAGCAGGCUAGCGAGGAAGGAAAUCAAAUGACCAAUCAAGUUUCUAAUGAAGAAACUCAGUCUGAAUCAACAGAACAGAUACCUUCUCGACCAUCUCAAUUAGAUGUGUCUUUUUCUGCAACAGGCCCACAGUUCUUAUCAGUUGAACCCAUGCAUUCAUUGGUAUCUCAAAAGACCCCCGGCUCUGAACCCAGCAUACUUGAACUUGAGAGAGGGCCGCAUGUAACUCCUUCUCCUUCAGAGAGCUGUAGCAGCAGAGCAGUCUCUCCCUUUGCAAAGAUUCGAAGUUCCAUGGUCCAGGUUGCUAAUAUUACCCAAGCUGGAUUAACCCAGGGGAUAAACUAUGCAGUGGCCAAGGUUCAGAAGAGCCCUGCAGAGCCUGAAGUAGUUAAUGAAGUCCAGCAAAAUGAACUUAAAAAUAUGUUUACACAAUGCCAGACACGAAUAAUUCAGAUUUAGUUUUUAGCUGCUAAGAAUUCUGUGGCUUGUAUUUAAUCCAAGAAAGGGAGGUGUUACAUAUUAGGCUAUUUAAACCUGUACUUUGUUUGAAUCUAGGGAUUGCAAAUUCUAAUUAUGUUUAUUUCUGAAGGUUUUAAAAGGAGUCUGAACUUGAGCAGAUUUCCAGAUUUGAUGGCUAGGACAACAGAAGUGCAGCAUCCUAGAAUGUGCAGACCUUAAGUAGCUUAUACACUACAGGGCAGUUUGUUUCUUUGGAAGUAAUUCAGGAAUAGAUGACUUUGGGACGUAAUAACCUGAAGCUUUUUUGGAAUGGGGUGGGUGGGUGGAUUAUGAAGUAGACACAUAAAGGAUGGACAUGGAUCCAUUUAGGUGAUUAGCUUUUUUCUUAUUUUUUAUUGUUUGUCCGUUUCUGUGUGUUACCUCUACAAGGUAGUUUUUAGUGACUUUAAAUAAAGUGUUACUAGUAUGGAGAAGCAUUUUAAUAUAAAAACUGUUGGUUUAGUUUUGAUGGCGUAACCAUUCCAUAUAAAGUUAUGAGGGUUAAUGGCGCUAUAGUCAAGAAAUGGAUGCCCCUUUGAUCCUAAUUUCCCCAUAUUCUACUUAACAAGCUUAAAAUACUGCCACCUUGUACACACCCUGGAGACUAGGAGCAUUGAGACUUACCAGUCAUAAAACCUGAGAGAUCAGAUGUGAAUACCAGCACCUAUUAAAUUUAAUUCUCUUCUGUCUUCAGGAAUGUUAGGAAUGUACAUUUAUCAGACACUGGUAAUGUCUGAAAGAAGUCUUCAAGUUACACUUUUUUGCAGGGGUCAGUUCGUAACAUCUUGUACAGACUAUCACAACUACUGAAAACUUUAGUCUGAAGCACUAUUGUGCUAAAACCGGUUUUAUGACUGCAACCUCGACCACGUGGAACCAGGGCCUCGUCUGUAAGCCCAUACAGUGAGAAAGUUGUACACCUUAUUCCAGCUAAGUAUUGGUUUGUCUGGUAUCUUUAGAGCCUUACUCUGUUGCAGUGAUUCUCAGCUGAACUUUACGUCUGUUGUGACUUUGAUAAGUAUUUUCACUUUUGUUAUUUAUUAGUGGUAUCUUUUUUUUGAAGUGUCAGAUCUCGUGACUAUUUAAAAUAAAGUAUCAUUAUAAUUUAAA